CUGUCAGGGUGAGAGCGCUUACAGUAUGGCGACGGGGUGCUGCUGGAAGGAUGCUGCUGUUGCUGAUGAUGUCUGUCCAGGCAUCAGAAUGUGAGCCAGAUAUCAGCGCUGAAAGCAAAGCAAGCGAAACGGGCCCGACGCCCUGAUCUCCUACUGCAUCGACAUGGCCAGGCUCGCCGACUACUUCGUGGUGGUCGGUUACGACCUCGAUAAGCGGGGGUGCAGCGAGGGCCAGGGCCGCAUCCUCCAGCGCUUUCCUGAGAAGGACUGGGAGGACAACCCCUUCCCCCAGGGCGUCGAACUGUUCUGCCAGCCCAGCGGCUGGCAGCUGGUCCCGCAGAGACUCCCGCCCUCCUUCUUCAUGGCGGUUCUGACCAACAUCAACUCUGAGCGGCACUACUGCCCCUGCUUCACCUUCUGGGAGGAGCUGGACAGCACACAGCCCCAGAAGAGCCUGUCCAGUGAAGCCGAUGAGGAUGACGAGUCUGGAAUCAUCGAGUCCCCCCAGCUCUUCGCCCCCAAGAGCCUGGUGCUGGUGUCCCGGCUGGACCACACCGACGUCUUCAGGAACUGUCUGGGGCUGAUCUACACUGUGCACAUCGAUGGGCUGAACUUUCCCAUGGAGACCCUGAUCGGAAACCUCCUGUCCUGCAUCAUUCCCACGGCGGGAGGGUCCCAGCCCAGCCCGGAGGAUAUGGAGGAAAGUGUGAGGACCAUAACGCUGGGAGCGGGAGACCGGCAGGUGAUCCAGACGCCCAUCAACGACUCGCUCCCUGUCAGCGGCAGCAGCGUGGCCCUGCUCUUCAGGCAGCUGGGAAUCAGUAAUGUCCUGUACCUGUUCUGCGCUGCCCUGACGGAGCACAAGAUCCUCUUCCUGUCUGCCAGCUACCACCGCCUGACCGACGCCUGCCGGGCCCUGCUGGCCGUCAUGUUCCCGCUCAAAUACAGUUUCACCUACAUCCCCAUCCUGCCAGGGAAGCUGCUGGAGGUGCUGAGUACCCCCACUCCCUUCAUCAUCGGGGUGAACUCCUCCUUCCGCUCAGAGACGCAGGAGCUGUUGGACGUGAUCAUCGCUGACCUGGAUGGAGGCACUGUGACAAUCCCUGAGUGUGUCCAUGUGUCCCUGCUGCCCGACCCCCUGCUGCAGCAGACCCAAACUGCCCUCUCCAUGGUGUUGGAUCCGGAGCUGGACGUGGCUGACCAAGCCUUCCCCCCUGCAUCCACCCAGCCCUCCACCUUGAAGAUCCAGGAUAAGGAGAUCCGCGCUGUGUUCCUCUGGCUGUUCGCUCAGCUCCUCCAGGGCUACCGCUGGUGCCUGCAUAUCAUUCGCAUCCACCCCGAGCCAGUGAUCCGCUUCCACAAGGCUGCCUUCCUGGGCCAGCGGGCGCUCACCGAGGACGACUUCCUCACCAAGGUACUGGACGGCAUGGCCUUCGCUGGCUUUGUGUCGGAGAGGGGGCCUCCCUACAGGCCGAUCGACGUCUUCGACGAGCUCGUGGCCAACCAGGUGAAGCGCAUCCGCCUGGAAGAGGGAAACCCGCGCAAAGUGAUGAACCACAUCAAAGAGCUGGCGGAGCAGCUCUUCAAAAACGAGAAUCCGUACCCUGCGGUGGCCAUGCACAAGGUCCAGAGGCCCACGGAGGGCUCCCACCUGCGCAUCCACCAGGCCUCCUUCCCACACCUGGACGAGGUGACGGUCCAGCUGUACAUUGACCACGCCGCCACCAAGAUGAAGACAGCGCCCCCUGCUGUCAGAGUGGAGAUGAAGUGCAUGGUGCCCUUAGGGCCGCCUCUGGGGGAUGUGGUGGACAGGAACGGAAACGCCCUGGCCAACAGCGCCCGCAGGCUGGAGGUGGUCAGGAACUGCAUCAACUACGUCUUCGAGAACAAGAUGCUGGAAGCCAAGAAGCUGCUGCCGGCGGUACUGCGGGCUCUGAAGGGCCGGGCGGCGCGGCAGUGCCUGACACAGGAGCUCAACCAGCACGUGCAGCAGAACCGGGCGGUGCUGGACGACCAGCAGUUCGACUACAUCGUGCGCAUGAUGAACUGCACGCUGCAGGACUGCUCUCACAUGGAUGAACAUGGCAUUGCAGCAGCUCUCCUCCCCCUGGUCACAGCCUUCUGCAGGAAACUGGGAGCGGGGAUCACCCAGUUUGCCUACAGCUGUGUGCAGGAGCACUCGGUCUGGGCCAACAUGCAGUUCUGGGAGGCCAUGUUCUACAGCGAUGUGCAGAACCACAUCCGAGCUCUCUACCUGGAGACCGAGCCGCCCAGUGCGGGGCAGGCGGAGCAGGCGGAGCAGGGGGCCCUGGAGAUCGCCUCGGAGCAGCGCCGCCUAUGGCCCACGCUGAGCAAGGACAAGCAGCAGGAGCUGGUGCAGAAGGAGGAGAGCACGGUGUACAGCCAGGCCAUCCACUACGCCAACCGCAUGAGCUACCUGCUGCUGCCGCUCGACACCAGCAAGAACCGGCUGCUGCGCAGCUCCGGCCUGGGAGACGUGGAGAGCGUCAGCAACAGCUACGUCACCAACAGCAUGGCGGGCAGCAUGGCAGAGAGCUACGACACAGAGAGCGGCUUUGAGGAUGCAGAGAGCUCUGACGUGGCCAACACAGUGGUGCGCUUCAUCAACCGCUUCGUGGACAAAGUGUGCAACGAGAGUGGUGUGACCAACGAGCACCUGAAGUCCCUGCACAGCAUGAUCCCGGACAUCGUCCAGAUGCACAUCGAGACCUUAGACGCUGUCCACAGGGAGAGCAAAAGGUUGCCCCCCAUCCAAAAGCCCAAGCUGCUGCGGCCCGCCCUGCUGCCAGGGGAGGAGCUUAUGAUGGAGGGCAUGAGGGUUCACCUCCUGUCAGACGGGCGGGAGGAGGCUGCCGGGGUCACGGGGGGCCCGCCCCUGCUGCCCGCUGAGGGGGCAAUCUUCCUCACCACAUACCGCCUCAUCUUCAAAGGCACCCCCAAUGACCCCUUGGUGGCAGAGCAGGUCCUGACCCGCUCCUUCCCCGUCGCCUCCCUCACCAAGGAGAAGAAGAUCUCCGUCUGUGUGCCCAUGGACCAGUUCAUCCAGGAGGGCCUGCAGCUGCGCUCCUGCACCUUCCAGCUGAUGAAGAUCGCCUUUGAUGAGGAGGUGGCGUCUGACCUGGCUGAGGUGUUCCGGAAACACCUGCAUAAGCUGCGCUACCCGUCGCAAGUGGACGGCACCUUCGCCUUCACCGUGGGCCAGUCCGGCAAGAUGGCCGCCGAGCACAAGAGCAAGGACAAGAACCCGUCCCUAAGUCCUUGGCAGACAAACGAGCUAUUCCACGGCCUCAAGUCUGGGGUUCACACGCUGGGGCGUAUGAGCCAGUCGACUACGACUCUAUCCAAGAACCUGAUGAAGACUGCGAAGAAGACCAUUGGCCGGCAGUAUGUGACCCGGAAGAAGUACACGCCCCCCACCUGGGAGAGCAGGAGCAGCCUGCAGUCCCAGCUGGACGGGGAUGAAAUCUCAGUGCUGGAGGAGGUGGACCAGAGCUCGCUCACUCUCUCCUCCACCAUCAAGUCGUCGGACAGACAGACCAUGAGCAACGUGGUGGAGCGUGCCUGUUGCCGUGACUACCAGCGGCUGGGUCUGGGCACGCUCAGUAACAGCCUGACCCGGUCCAAGAAUGAGCCCUUCCGCAUCUCCACCCUCAACCGCAUGUACGCGGUGUGCCACAGUUACCCCGGGCUGCUGAUCGUGCCGCAGAGUGUCCCGGACGGCACGCUGCAGCGCAUCUCGCGCUGCUACAGGCAGAACCGCUUCCCCGUGGUGUGCUGGAGGAGCUCCCGCAGCAAGGCUGUGCUGCUGCGCUCCGCCGGCCUGCACGGCAAGGGUGUCGCCGGCUUCUUCAAAUCCCCCAACGCCCCCUCCCCAGGCCCCUCCCAGGCAGACUCCCUCGGCCUGGAGCAGGAGAAGUACCUGCAGGCCAUCAUCAGUUCCAUGCCGUCCUACUCAGAGGCCAGCAGCAGGAAUACACUGAGCGGAUUCACCUCCGCCCACAUGAGCGGCUCAGACUCGUCAGACAAGCUGAGGCAGCCGAAGAUCGGCGUGCUGAUGAAGCAGGUGAUGGGGAGCAAAGAGGAGCUGGCCGGGACCUUCAGCAGAGGAGGUUGGAGAGCGCGUUUCAUCUCUGUCUCUCAACAGAGAGCUGCAGCGAGGCCCCCAGCCUCCCCCAGAGGUAAAUGGGGCAGUAUGCGUGGCAGUGGGAGAGUAGGAGCCUACGACGUGGGGAGCAGGCUGGCAGGGAAGGAGUCCCCACAGGCCAACGGGGGACCCUCUGAGCCCCACUUCCUGCGCCAGCAGAGGGCCUAUCUCUACAUCAUCGGGGACAAGUCCCAGCUGAAGGGCUCCAAGCAGGAUGCAUUCCAGCAAUGGGAGGUGGUGCCCAUCGAGGUGUUCGACGUGCGGCAGGUGAAGACCAGCUUCAAGAAGCUGAUGAAGGCCUGCAUGCCCACCUCGCCCCCUGUAUCUCCCAAUGAGACCUUCUACCACUGCUUGGAGGAGUCAGAGUGGAUGUGCCUGCUCCACAAGGUCCUGCAGGUGUCUGUGCUGGUGGUGGAGCUGCUGGACACUGGCUCCUCGGUCAUGGUCAGCCUGGAGGAUGGAUGGGACAUCACCACACAGGUGGUGUCCCUGGUGCAGCUACUGUCGGACCCGUACUACCGCACCUUCGACGGCUUCCGGCUGCUGGUGGAGAAGGAGUGGCUGUCCUUCGGCCACCGGUUCAGCCACCGUGGGGCCCAGACCCUGGCCAGCCAGAGCAGUGGCUUCACUCCCAUAUUCCUGCAGUUCCUUGACUGCGUGCAUCAGAUCCACCUGCAGUUCCCCAUGGAGUUUGAGUUCAGUCAGUACUACCUGAAGUUCCUGGCCUACCACUACGUGUCCAACCGCUUCCGCACCUUCCUGCUGGAUUCGGACUGCGAGAGGAUCGAGCUGGGCGUGAUGUACGAGGAAAAAGGUGAGAGGAAAAGUCAGCAGGUGAAGUCUGUGUGGGACUACAUCGAGCGGCUCAACAAGAGCACCCCCGUCUUCUUCAACUACAUGUUCGCCCCUGAGGAUGGAGAGGUGUUGAAGCCGUACAGCUACAUCUCCAACCUGAAGGUGUGGGACUUCUACACGGAGGAGACGCUGUCGGAGGGCCCCUCCUAUGACUGGGAGCUGGUGCAGGGCCAGGCGGAGCCGGGUGAGGAGAGCGAGAGGCCCGACACAGCCGCGCCCAAAUCCCAGCGCAGGAUCGUCUGGCCCUGUUACGACAACCCCUGCAGGGUGGUGCCCGAUGCCAUCACCAAGCUGCUCCAGGAGCUGCAGCAUUUGGAGGCAGAGCUGGGACAGGUGUCAGAGAGGUGGAAAGACACCUGGGACAAGAUCAAGGCCACACAGCGAACAGAGUCCAAGCUGGAGAGCAGGCACUCCCUCUCCAGCUCGCUGCUGAUGUUGUCGGCGCUGAGCCAGCCGCGCCGCUCACGGGGGCUGUACCUGCAGGAGAGCGGCGUGGGCGUCGGCUCCUCCCUCAACCUGUCGCUGGACAGCGAGGGCGGCGGCAGCGCCACGCCCACCGCCGGCUCCCGGCCCAGCACCAGCGCCCUCUACAGCCAGUUCCAGAGCAGCGAGAGCGAGAACAGGUCCUUCGAGGGCACACUGUUCAAGAAGGGAGCUCUGCUGAAGCCAUGGAAACCACGCUGGUUUGUGCUGGACAAGACAAAGCACCAGCUGAGAUACUACGAGUCUCGACAGGACAAGGACUGCAAAGGCGUGAUCGACCUGGCGGAGGUGGAGUCGGUCAUCCCAGCCACCCCCACCAUGGGCGCGCCCAAAAACGUGGAUGAAAAAGCCUUCUUUGAUCUGAAGACGACCAGACGAGUGUACAACUUCUGCGCGCAGGACAGCAUGAACGCACAGCUGUGGAUGGACAACGUGCAGAGCUGCCUGUCUGACGCCUAGCGGGCGGGGCAGAGGGAGCACUGAAGGACCACCGGCCUGGCCAAUCACAGAUCCCCAGGGCUGCAGGAGAGCGAGAGAGUGGGCGGGCCUGGCUGGCAGACGUGGUUCAGUAUUAGUGAAGUUGAACUGGUCUGCUGAUGUCUCCAUGUUUCAGUGUUCAUAUCUCGGUUCAUGUUUUCUCAUUUUAAGGCCACUUGCUGUUGUCUUACUGUUAAACCGCAGCCCUGGAGGGGCUGAGUCCCAGUCUUAGCUGAGUCCCAGUCUUAGCUGAGUCCCAGUCUUAGCUGAGCACAGUUUACUCUGGAUCUUUGCGAGGCAGGGUAAACGUGCGACAUCGUCGAGCGGGAUGGAGGAACUGGCUCCUGCCAGACGAGCGGAGGGCUACAGCAGGCGUUCCAGCAGCCGGCCAGUCUGACACCCCACUCCUGCAGGACCGCACCUCCCACAGACUCUGUGUGCUCCAUACUCCACUCCGCUGCCUCUGCUGUUCAGCGCUGGCACUGCAUGCAGGCCGAAUCUACCGCGCGUCCAUGGCGCUUUAGUCCCGGGGAAGGCUCUCUUCUUAAAGACUGCAGGGGUGGGAGGGGUUUCACACAGCACUGCUCCUCUCAUGCGCUCCAAACUGUGCUGUGUGUGCCGGCGCCCCCAUCUGGCUGCCCUCGGCUCUGCUGGAGUAGACAGGCACAUGCAGGCUGUCCUACACAAGUCCUCAUGAAGAAUUCAGAGUGAGCCUUGUUUUUUGAGUUCUGCUUUUUUUGUUGUUGUUGUUUUUUAAUCAUUAUAAUUGCAAUGGAAAUAUCAACCCUUUUCACUUUGUGAAAGUCAUUCUCCCUCAUAAUUUACACAUUAUCACACAAAUGCCAGUUUGAGAUUAAUAUGCCUGAGCAGACAUAUGAAGGCAGCACUCCGAUAUGAAUUUGAUUGUUUACAAAGCAGCUAUCAAAAUACUUAAAUGAGAUCUUCCUCUAUUUUUCUUAAAUCGAAGAAAUGGAUGGUGAAAAAUGAAGGGAUGCAGAAAGAGAAAGAGGGAUGUAUUUUGAGACUAUUAAAAUAUGCACAAGAACAAGAGGAUAUGAACAAGGAAAGGAGGGCACCCAGAAUUACUAGAGUAUGCCAGAGUGUGUUUAUGUCCCACAGAAUUACUAGAGUAUGCCAGAGUGUGUUUACGUCCCACAGAAUUACUAGAGUAUGCCAGAGUGUGUUUACGUCCCACAGAAUUACUAGAGUAUGCCAGAGUGUGUUUAUGUCCCACAGAAUUACUAGAGUAUGCCAGAGUGUGUUUACGUCCCACAGCGUGAGAGACUGUAGCUGGCUGCACAGUCCUACUUCCUGGAAAAGCAGCCGCUCCAUUUGUGAUGUCAUAGUCUGGAGCCUGUGAAGCUCGGUGCUGUCAGGCCUCUUUCUACUGGAGAGUACCUGAAGGCAGUGAUACAGGUGGUAAUGUUAAAGAUUGAAAGAUUUGUACCAGUACAUGUUUACAGAAAAUGACGUUAGUGUAGUGAGGGAGCACUGGGGCGUGCAGUCUUAAUUAAAGGAAGAGAGUGGUAUGUAGAGGGGAUUAUUGGAAUGAGUGUGCAGCUGCCUCACUGAGGACUGGUUGAACAUUGACCACAUAACAUUAAGGUAAGCUCCCAGCCAGCAGGGGGCAUCGAACACACCUUUCAAGGGACCACACUGCAGCCCUGAUGGAAGAACAGACUUCAGUAUGUUCCAGGGAGUAAUCUGUGAUAGUAUUUUAGGUGCAAAGCUAAUAAGGGCAAGUCUUAAGAUAUCGGCAGUGGCUGGUGCGUGAGUGUUUGUUUUUUAUGUGUCACAAUGUGAGUAGUGACCUACCCCUUUGCUGUAGGAAGGCCAAAGAAAGUGUUGAGUGUGGAGAGGAGAUAGAGAAGUUUUCCCCGGAGGAGGAGCAGAAUGUAGUGCGUUCUCUCUCAGAGUCCUGAGAUAAGGAGCAGCAGGAUUCAGCAGAAUGCUCCAUCUCCCUCAUCACUGUGCUUUUGCUCAGAAAUCAGUGUCUUACAGAGAGGGUAUUACGCUUCCUGUAAAGCUUGUACAUAGUUAAAUUGCUGUUGUUGUGCAGAGUGUUUUAUAGAGAGGAUAUCUGCAGUGGCCGCAUUAGGCUGCGUCUGUUGCCUGCACUCUCCAGCCGCUGUCUGUCUGUGGGAAGGAGGAACGCCGCGCUGUUUGGAGAGCACAGCGUGCUGUACACAGCGGUGUGAUGCUGUCACUGAAGCACAUCUGCUCACGUGCAGGGGAGCAUCUCCCCAAAGCUGCCCUGUCACUGCCACAGCCUCAUUUCCCCUCUUUGAUCACAUAUUACACUUAAAUGUUGUUUUAUUCUGUCACAUUGUAAUGCCAUCCCUUUGGUAUUGACUCCAACAGUGAAAUGAAUCAGCCCCCUGUUCUUCAGUAUGAUCAUAU